AUUCUUCCGGGUAUUAGAGUAAUGGAUCCUGAUCUGUUGGGCGACACCAUAGAUCUAACCUGUGUCCCUCAGCCACAGUUUCUCGACGCCUGCGAAAAGUUCGGUAUAGUGAACGUAGAAAGAAGCCAAAAUGCGUACGUGGGCGCCUUGGUGUUGCAGCAGCCACUCGACUACAGGGAGAGGCCCUUUUACCAACUGCUACUCAGGGCAAGCGACGGGCUGAACAAUGAGACCACUGGAGUAGAAAUCAAGGUGGCAGACAUUCAGAAUAGCCCGCCGGAAUUUCUGGACUCGCUAACGGGUGUGGUGCGUGAGGAUGAUCCCAUCGGAACCUUGGUUAUGACCGUCAAAGCUAGGGAUGGCGACAGGGGAAUGCCAAGGAAAAUGAUCUACGAAUUGGUCACCAAUCCAUUCGACUACUUCCUGUUGGAUGAUGAAACAGGCGAAUUAAGAACAGCAAAGCCUCUAAACAGAGAAGCGUUAAAGGAUUCUACUGGAGUGUUGACACUGAAAGUGAGAGCACGUGAAUUAAUCGACGGCAUGCCAGGUAAUGACAAUCUAACGGUCUCGACGGCCGAAGCAACGGUGACGAUCAAGGAUGUCAACGACGAGCCACCCUCUUUUAACCAUCGAGAGUACAAUAUUGAGAUUCCAGAAAACGUACCGAACGGUACACCUCUGCCUCACUUAGACAUGACUGUUAAAGAUCCCGAUGUUGGAUUGAACUCGGUAUUUUCGUUGCGCCUGGAAGACAUUACGGAUGGUGCAUUUACCAUUGAACCGACUCUGGCGACUGGAAGUACAUCGGUGAACAUUCGUGUGGCAAAUGGCUCGCUCGAUUACGAAAAUCCUAAUCAGCGUAAAUUCAUCAUUCUGGUCGUGGCGGAAGAGGUCCACACAAAUCCUAAACUUACCUCUACCGCAACCGUAGCUGUCUCCAUCGCGGAUGCAAACGAUAAUUCACCCUCUUUCAGUAAUCCCACUUAUACGGCCGUAGUGCUGGAAACUGCACCUCCUGGUACAUCGGUUAUAACGAUUACCGCUAAGGAUCGUGAUAGUGGACGAUUCGGUACAGCUGGAAUAGCUUAUCAGUUACUUGGCCAAGGUGCUCAGCAUUUUUCUGUCGACCGAAAAUCUGGAGUUAUCACUGUAGCUCCGUGCGCGACUCCUGGAACAUUACCAUGCUUGGAUUACGAAGAACAAACGGAAUAUUUCCUCACCUAUAAGGCAACUGACAAUGACGGGCAAGGACAAACAACCAGUGUUUCGCUACGUAUCAGUUUAUCAGACGCCAAUGACAGUCCACCACGAUUUUUACAAGACAAGUAUCGUGCGGUUAUAGAUGAAGGUGCUGAAAAAUUUGAACCCGACUUAAAGGUGCAAGCCCGAGAUAAGGACAAAACGUCGAAAAUUACGUACGCAAUAAUAGGUGGCGAUGAUCUGGGACUCUUCACUAUAGAUCCAGAUUCCGGCGAAAUUACGAUAAAAAAUAAAGGACCAGUCGAUUUGACAAAUUCAACACACGAUUGGAUCGCGCUUGUUAUACAAGCGAGCGAUGGAACUUUUGUCGAUUCCGCCAUCGUUAAUAUUACAAUUCGCGAUGUCAAUAAUAAUGCACCGGUCUUUGAACGUAAUUUGUACACUGCAAGUAUACCAGAAAUAUCACCAAUUGGAACGGUGGUAAAGAAAGUUACAGCGACUGAUGCAGAUACAGGGAUUAACGCGAAACUUGUUUAUAGAAUAGCUGUAGGAGCUUUCGAUGAUUUCACUAUUAAUGAAACGACAGGUGUCGUAACAGUAUUUAGAAAACUAGAUUAUGACAAUAAAAGGAGGUAUCAUGUGCAAGUUAUAGCACUCGAUAAAGGAAUUCCUAGUUUAACCGGAACAACAAUGCUGAUGAUAGACGUUGAAAACAGCAACGACAAAGCGCCUUAUUUUACGCCGGAAACUCAAAGAGCUGAAGUUACAGAAGAUACACCGAUUGGCACUGUCUUUACAACAUUAAAAGCUACAGAUCCAGACAGUGUCAACUUGGAAGCAUUAAACUUUGCUAUUUCCGAACCAAUUACAGCAAUUGAUAGAAACGGUCAACGAGUUAACGAUAGUAAAUCCUUUAAAGACUUUUUUGCUGUUGACCGUGCAACCGGUCAAGUUUCUGUUGUGAGACCAUUGGAUCGUGACAUUGCAGCAACAGUGAGCAUUACUGUCGUUGUCAGUGAUACAACAGCACCCACGUUACAACAAGGAAGAGGUACUUUGGUAGUUACUAUUAUUGAUGUGAAUCACAUGGCACCAGAAUUCUUGAAGCCAUGGACAAGAGAGAAUCCGCGAUAUUUAAUAGAAAUGCAGGAAGAACAACCAACUGGGGCUGUUGUUGGAGCAUUUACGGCAGUAGAUGCAGAUAGCAACAUAGCAGGAUAUGCAAUCAUACCGCCAAGUCCCUACUUCAAUAUAAACAAUGUCACAGGAAUCGUACGAACUAGUCAAGUUAUUGAUUAUGAAGAAACAAAACAAUUGGAAUUCACAGUGGUUGCCUAUGAUUCUGGAGUACCUCAAUUAACUGCAACUGCAGUAGUAAUAGUUACUGUAAUAAAUGUUAACGACCAGGACCCAAAAUUUGAGAAGGAGUUAUAUAAUGCAUCUGUAAAAGAAAACUCGCCAUCGGGCACGCAUGUUACUGUAGUUAAAGCGACAGAUGGAGACGAAGGCCCGUUCGGAGAAGUUAGUUAUAGUCUUAUUGGUGAUCACGCCGCCGACUUUAAUAUUGGUCACGAAACGGGGGAAAUUACUGUUGGUGGUGCAACUGUACUCGACCGAGAAAUGACACCAAAAAUUACUGUAACAGUAAUGGCCAGUGAUGGUGCUCAUAUAAAUUCUCGUCGAACUACCACUGUGCCAGUAAUUGUAAAAUUGAUCGAUGUUAACGAUAAUCGACCAAUAUUCACGCAACAUAGUUACAGAGCCUCAGUUGCUGAAGAUCUACCAGUAAAUCCACCUGCACCAAUUUUACAAGUCGGGGCUGUAGAUCAUGACGAAGGAGACAACGGAGAAGUUUGGUACACCAUAAUUCGUGGAAAUGAAAAUGAAUCAUUUUCUUUAAACCGCGAAACGGGUAUUUUAUAUCCUGGCGCAGCUCUUCUUGGCAGAGCUGGCUCCUAUAGAAUCGAAGUAGAAGCAAGAGACGGUGCUGGUAAUGGUCCACAUUCGGACAGGUGUUAUAUUGAUAUACGAGUAAUGCCAGUAAAUCAGCACAAACCCCAAUUUGUUCUACCCGAAUUAACGAAUGCAACCGUUGAAGUGCCUGAAAACACAGGUGUAUCAAAUUACUUGAUAUUAACGGUAAAAGCAAUCGACAGAGAUCCUGGUGAAAAUGGACGCGUAAGUUAUUAUUUAAAAGUUGGAAAUCGAAACACUCAAGAAACAGAAGAAUUUUCAAUAGAUCAAGAAACUGGUGAAUUAAGAUCAAAAAUUAUUCUUGAUCGUGAAGCGAAAAGUAAAUUUGAGCUUGUUCUUGUUGCUGCCGAUCACGGUACUCCUACAGCAUAUGAAACAUUGCGACUACUUACUGUGCAAUUAGUUGAUACGAAUGACAAUGCGCCGCAGUUUUAUGAUGAAUAUCAUUUUCAUGUAUCAGAAAAUCGUCCGAAAGAUUACUUUGUAGGAAAAGUAAUUGCGGAAGAUAAAGAUGAAGGCAGACACGCUAAAGUUUACUAUUACAUAGAAGCUGGAAACGAAGAUUAUGCUUUUUACAUGGAUAAAUCUGAUGGCAGCAUAUAUGCAAAUAAAUCAUUUGAUCGUGAAACCCGAGACAAAUACAUUUUAUCGAUAUUAGCUUCCAAUGAUCCUGAUAUUUACAUAAAUCCUAUAGAUGCAGGACGACCUUUAACACAGCACAAUACAGAUCAUGGUCAUGUAAAUGUAACCAUAAAUAUUUUAGAUGAAAACGAUAAUCCACCAAUAUUUGAGCGUAAUGACUAUUACGCGGGUGUUAAUUCAAUGGCAAAUGUGAACGAUUUUGUAACAAAAGUAACAGCAUCAGAUUUAGAUGUUGGAGAUAAUGGCACACUUCAUUACUACGUGGCUGGUGCAAAUCUCUAUAAAUAUGGAUCAGACAAACCUAGUGGCUCCAUAGUUCCGAGUCCAUUCAAUGUAACACAAGAUGGCAAACUUGUCACAAGUGGAUAUAUGGCCGAAUAUAAUCAAGACAGGUUCGUCGUUGAAGUUAUAGCAAAAGAAACUGCCAUUCCAGAAAGAUAUGCUAUGACUAAAGUUCAUGUUUGGGUAUUUGAAGCUUCACAAUUAAUAAGAGUUAUCUUGUCACGACCUCCCGAAGAAGUAAAUCGCGAACGUGAUGAAAUUGUGUCACAAUUAUCAAAUGCAACUCAAAGUAGGGUUGUUGUUGAUGAUAUCCGGUAUCAUGUGGACGCAUCAGGUCAUAUUCGCAGAGAAUGGUGUGAUAUGUAUUUACAUGUUGUGGAACUAAAAUCCCAAACUAUUGCUCCUAUUCCACAAGUACUCAAAGUUAUUGAUGCAAAAUAUGAUUUCUUGAAAGAUUACUAUGCAGGUUUUGCUAUUGAAAACGUUGUACCUGCUUAUGCAGGAGUACAGGAAGAACCUUUUGAUCCUGCAUUAGCAGCUUUAAUAGCCUUAUUAGUGGUUUUACUAGUUGGUGCAGUUACAGUCACAGUAGUUUGUUGCUGUUUACGCCAUUGGGUAAUUACUGUACCAAACGAUAUACGGAAAAAAGACGGCCUAAUAAAAAAACAAAUUAUCGAUGAAUUAAAUACUACAGAAAAUCCUUUAUGGAUUGAACAAAAACUUAAAUUAUAUGAAGAACAAGAAUUAACAAUGCAAGUAUUUAGUGAACCUGAAGGUGGUUUAGGUACAGAAAGACGAGGAAGUGGUAUAAGUAUUGGUAUGGGUGACACAUCUCAAGAUAAUACUUAUGCUACGAUUCAACGUCCACUGCCUACAAAUAGGCACCGUCCAACGACGCCAGACUACACAACGCUUCCAGGAAACCAUAAUCUUUACGAAUCAGCGAUGGGUUUCCAAGGAUCAACAUUUCAACCAUCCUCGAAUGUAAUGCCUCAACUUACACUUGAUUGUGAUGGCCAACCCCAAUUUGUUUCAGGGCUAGUAUAAAUUAAGUUUUACGCCAAUCCCUUUUUUAAUCAACAAUAUACCUUCAUCACCAUACAUUGUACCUCUUUAAC